UUUGCACGGAUUUAACUUUUCUUCCAUUUCAGAAAAGAUGGAAGCAGAUUCUAGUUUGGAAGCAGAGAACACCAAGAUAUCUAUUUCCACUGUAAAAGGUAUAGCAUCAAGUGAAUCUCUAGACGAUGAUGACGAAGAUGACUUUAUAGGCCCACCUCUCCCACCAGGCAUGAAAGAUCAAAAUCUUAAAGAGGAUGACUCUAGCAGUGACAGUGAGGAAGAAGCUUACCAGCUGCCUAUGUCACAUGAGAUGACUCUUGAUCAUGGUACAAAAUUAGUCUCGGCUUUAGCUGUAGACCCAUCAGGAUCACGUUUAGUGAGUGGUGGCCUUGAUUAUGAUGUGCGAUAUUGGGAUUUUCAGGGAAUGGACCAAGCUAAAGAGCCCUUCAGAUCAUUUUGUCCUGCUGAAGGAUAUCCUCUUAACUGUGUAGAAUACAGCUGCACUGGUGACAAAGUUUUAAUUGUAUCUGGUUCCCAGCAAGCAAAAGUUUAUGAUCGUGAUGGCAUAGAACUUUUUGAGUGUGUUCGAGGUGACAUGUAUUUGCAUGAUAUGGCCAAGACAAAAGGUCAUGUUGCAGGGUUAACAUCAGGCACUUGGCAUCCCAAAGAUAAGGAAGAAUUUCUUACAGCAGGUCGCGAUGGUACAUGCCGUAUAUGGCAUACAGAAUCACCUCACUGUCAGAAAUACGUUAUCAAAGCACGAGCAAUGAAUGGUCUCAAAACUAUACCAACUACCUGUGCAUUUAGUCGUGAUGGUUUGUUAGUUGCUUGUGCUUGCGACGAUGGCUCGGUACAGAUGUGGGAUCAUCGAAAGACUUUUGUAAAUGUUUCCAUUAAUGUUAAGAAAGCUCAUGACAAAGGGAGUGACACAUCAAGCCUUCAGUUUGCCUAUGAUAACAGAGGUUUUGCCACCAGAGGAGGUGAUGACACAUUAAAACUAUGGGAUAUACGGAAUGUCAAGGAAGCAGUUCACGUUGCAGGAGGAUUGUUCAACAGAUUUGGAAUGACAAACUGCAUCUUCAGCCCAAAUGAUCAACUUGUUAUCACUGGAACCUCUCAAAAUAGAGGAGAAAAGUCAGGAAAAAUUAUGAUGUACAAUCGUAGUACUUGGGAUGUCCAUAAAGAACUUGAACUUGGACCAAGUCACAUUGUAAGACUUAUAUGGCAUCCAAGGUUGAACCAGCUGAUGGUAGGGUGUGGUGAUGGAAAGAUUCGCAUUUUGUAUGACCCCAAAAUGUCACGUAAUGGUGCUGUACUUGUGGCAGGAAAACAUAAAAAGCGACUGAAAAAAGCUGAAGUUGUUGUAUCUCAGCAAGUUAUAACACCACACGCCUUGCCAAUGUUCCGAGAGGAGCGUCACAAAUCCACAAGGAAACUAGAGGAGAGGGACCGUAAAGAUCCCGUGAAAUCACGUCAGCCAGAUUUACCAGUUGGCAAAGCAGGCUCAGGAGGGCGUGUUUCUGCAGGAGGUUCCACUCUGUCAUCUUACAUCAUACGUAAUAUGGGUUUAAGGAACAAAGUGCACGAAGAAGGGGAUCCCAGAGAAGCCCUUCUCAAGUAUGCCAAGGAAGCUGCGGAAAACCCAUACUGGGUGACUCCAGCCUAUGCCAAAAAUCAGCCCAAUCCCAUUUUCCAAAGUCAACAACAGCAAGACCAGAGUCAGGAUGAAGACACCAGUAAAACAGAAGAGCCUGAUAAGAAGAAGUUUAAAGUUGUAUAAAUGUCAUGAAGAGAGUAAUAAAAUUAUUCUUAAUAGUA